AUGCCCCGAGACAACAUGGCCUCCCUGAUCCAACGGAUCGCUCGCCAGGCGUGCCUCACCUUCCGGGGCAGCGGGGGCGGCCGCAGCGCUUCCGACCGCGGCGCGACGCCAGGCCUGGAGGCGCCGAUGCCACAGGGCUUCCCGGAGAACCUGAGCAAGCUGAAGAGUCUGCUGACCCAGGUCCGCGCCGAGGACCUGAACAUCGCCCCUCGCAAGGCCACGCUGCAGCCACUGCCGCCCAACCUGCCGCCCGUCACCUACAUGCACAUCUACGAGACGGACGGCUUCAGCCUCGGCGUGUUCCUGCUCAAAAGCGGCACAUCCAUCCCGCUGCACGACCACCCGGGCAUGCACGGCAUGCUCAAAGUGCUCUACGGCACCGUGCGCAUCAGCUGCAUGGACAAGCUGGAGGCCGGCAGCGGGCAACGAUCACGGGCCCCUCCGCCCGAGCAGCAGUUCGAGCCUCCGCUGCAGGCCCGGGAGCGGGACGCCGCGAGGCCGGGCGUGCUGCACUCGCGGGCCGAGUACACCGAGGCCAGCGGCCCCUGCAUGCUCACGCCGCACCGGGACAACUUGCACCAGAUCGACGCAGUGGACGGACCCGCAGCCUUCCUGGACAUCCUGGCCCCGCCCUACGACCCCGACGACGGCCGGGACUGCCACUAUUACCGGGUGCUGGAGCCCGUCAGGUCCAAGGAGGCCUCCGACUCGACCUGUGACCUGCCCCGAGAGGUAUGGCUCCUGGAGACCCCGCAGGCUGAUGACUUCUGGUGCGAGGGGGAACCCUAUCCAGGUCCCAAGGUCUUCCCUUGA